CACAAUAUGAAAGGGUGGGUGCACGAAUACCCACAGCGAACCGCGAAACACCUGAAUAUAGCCUCUCCAACAACAAGGUACAGGUGUAUCCAUAUGACUCGUGGCAGCUCUUUAGAUGCUUCGUCCUUAAUUUUUGCUCUACUUCAUUAAAGCUACACUCACCUCACUCUACUUAUCAUGCGCCGGCCGUAAAAACCCAAACCCGCGGCGCACGUUAAUCAUCAUAUUAUCUAAUUGUUUCGUGAUCGUCGAUCAAUCAUCUGCGCCAACUUUGUAUCUGAAUUUCCAUUGAUUUCACGUUUCCUUAGCCAGCUGUGCAUUGCCGAGUGUAACUGAAGAGGUAUGCGGGGCCGCCAUAUAGAAACCUUUUCGAUGUACAAACGUGCAUCGUCUAAAGACCAUAUCAAUGGCGUCGAUAGAGAUGGAAUUUUAGGCCAGUCACAAAGUGGUGUGUGGAAAGACGUUGCUUACCCUUCGUGGAAGCGUCCAUUGCCGCAUAUUCUAGUGGCAUGUUUGUCUUCGUUCUUAUUCGGCUACCAUCUCGGGGUUGUUAACGACACGCUGGAAAGCAUUUCUCUGGACCUAGGAUUCAGCGGUAGUACAAUGGCUGAAGGUUUGGUGGUGAGUACGUGUUUAGGUGGUGCUUUUAUUGGUUGUGUAUUCAGCGGUUGGAUAUCCGAUGGUCUUGGUCGUAGGAGAGCGUUCCAACUCUGUGCUUUACCUAUGAUAAUAGGUGCUUCGAUGAGUGCUACAACAAGUGGGCUGGAGGGUAUGCUUCUUGGAAGGUUCUUUGUGGGUACUGGGAUGGGUCUUGGUCCUCCUGUUGCAGCUCUUUACGUGUCGGAGGUUUCACCGGCUUUUGUGAGGGGAACUUAUGGUAGCUUUACACAGAUUGCGACGUGCCUUGGACUAAUGGCGUCUCUCUUUAUAGGUGCUCCGGCCAAAAAUGUUCAUGGCUGGUGGAGAGUUUGCUUUUGGGUAUCUGCUAUUCCUGCUGCAUUACUAGCUCUUUUGAUGGAGUUUUCGGCAGAAUCUCCAACCUGGCUUUACAAGAGGGGAAGAAUCGCUCAAACUGAAGCAGAACUCGAGCGGCUUUUUGGAGCACCACAUGUUAAAUCCGGUAUGACAGAGCUCUCUAAAUCAGACAGAGGAGGUGAUGAUGUCGAUGUAGUUAAAUUUUCCGAAUUACUCUACGGUCGACAUUUUAGAGUGGUGUUGAUUGGGUCGGUCCUAUUUGCUUUGCAACAGCUGUCCGGUAUAAAUGCUGUAUUUUAUUUCUCCUCGACUGUCUUUAAAAGUGCUGGAGUACCUUCGGAUAUCGGAAACAUAUGUGUAGGAGUAGUAAAUAUCUCAGGAUCAAUUGUUGCGAUGAUUCUGAUGGAUAGAUUAGGAAGGAAGCUUCUUCUUCUUGGAAGUUUCUUCGGCAUGGCAGUGGCUAUGGGUUUUCAAGUAAUUGCAGCGAGUGAUAUUUUAUCGGGGUCUGCAAAUUUGUAUCUAUCUGUUGGUGGAAUGUUGCUGUUUGUGUUGAAUUUUUCCUUGGGGGCAGGGCCUGUUCCUGGUCUCCUUCUAUCGGAGAUAUUUCCGAGCAGAAUUCGGGCUAAGGCGAUGGCUGUGUGCAUGGCUGUACAUUGGGUGAUAAAUUUUUUUGUGGGAUUAUUAUUUCUGCAACUGCUGGAGCUUAUGGGCCCACAGAUUUUGUACUCGAUAUUUGCCAUGUUUUGCUUGACGGCAGUGGUCUUUGUGAAGAAGAACGUUGUCGAAACUAAAGGGAAGUCGCUACAAGAAAUUGAAAUGGCACUAAUUCCCGCUGAUUAAUCAGCCGAAUUCGAAUUGGCUAACCUUUGGAGAAAAUAGUUUUUUUCUAAUAAAAGUAAGUAUUAUUUCGCUUUGUUAGCCGGAAGAAUUGUUACGUCUUGGCAUUUCUUUAGUUGCUAGGAGAUUGAACACGUAUAGUUACAUCAGAGAUGCGUAUGAUAUUUCACACGGUGCCACGCCUAAGAAGCCCGACACGAUGGUCGAUUCCUCGUAUUUGUUUUGUACUAUGUUUUUUUCUUUUAUCUAGGAUAUGAUGCCUAGCAGGCAAAGGCAUCAGCGGUAUUAGAUAUGUAAGAGAGAUUAGUCUCUCUGGCAUUUUGUAAUGGAGCCAAUACAAAGAGGGUAUUAUUACUAUUUACCUAGCCAAGUGAUGUUUAAACAUUUUCUUUUAUUAUUUGUAUUAGGGUAAUAAAAAUUACUUAUAUAUAAUUAUUUAUUUAUGAUUGUC